ACAUCUAUGCUACUUGGGAGAAGCAUAUCCAUUUCAUCUGGUUCCGGAGCUCCUCAGGGGCCUGGUGGUGGUGGGAUCUGUGUGCUGCCUGAUGGAAAUGGCAUGGGGAUGAUCUGUGGUAUGAAUGGAGGCAUGCCUACAGCCAGGCAUGGCUUUCAAGGAAUUGACUCACCAUCUAUGCCGAGUUCUGGGAGUAUGACUUUUAGUAUGGUAGCAAUGCCAAACACGGUAAAUAUGCACCCUGGAGUAGGCUCUGGUCAAGGCAACUCAAUGUUGAAACCUCAUGACAACAUGCAUAUGAUGGGGCCUGUCCAAAAUCAAGAAACUCCAAGGCAGAUGAUGAUUGCUGAUCUUCAGGUUCAGGACCUCAGCCAUGAUGUACCACCUCCGUUUGGGGGUUUAAUUACCUCUUGCUCCAGCCAAGAUGUACCGCCUCCGUUGGGGGGUUUUAUUCCAUCAUACCUACCUCAUCAUCAUCAGUCCUCUCAAUUGUCACACAUGCGUAGUAGUCCUCUUCAUUCUCAUGCUCCAGGUGCUGCCAAUCAUGCCUGCAACACACAGCAACCUAGUUAUGCAUCACCUUUGAAAAAAGAAAAACAAAUGCAUCGGCGACAUGUACAACAAAAGCAGAAGUUUAAUACAUCAAACUCUUUAAUACGGUCUGUACAGCAACACCAACUUCCUUUGUCUCCCCCAUUUCAUAGUAGUCUCCAAAUCACAUCACGAAGUCCUCCACAUGCAUCACUUUCUCCUUUGUCGUCAACUUCCUCAGUUGCUUCAAUGCCGCAACACCCUUCAAAACAUUCUAUGUCGCGUCAUGGCCAUUUCCAAAGUGCUCAAAAUGGUCCCACAACUAAUAAUUUGAGCAAACAACAGCAACAAACCAGCAGGAAACACCCUCAGCAGCAGCAGAAUAUCAAAGUUUCAAAGGGAGUAGGGCGAGGGAAUGCAUUGAAUCAGGACAUGCAGAUGUACCCCUCUGCGUUGAACCAAACCUCAUUAAAUUCAAGAACCACCAUAGCUACAGAAAAAGGUGAUCAGCUGACUAACUCAGUGCAAAAUCAGGGACUGUAUACUGGGUCAGCAACAAAUGAUGUUUGUCCUGCAAAAUCAUCAUCUGCUCUUGAUGUAGGACAGCCUCCGCAAAAGAUGCAUCCUGGCAAAGCUGCAAAAAAGCGACUUAAGCCAAUGGCUCCUCGUUCUGCUAAUAAGAGUAAAGUUCAUAGUAUGAUAACUACAUUGGAGUCAAGCCCACCUGCUGUCUAUCACUCUAUUGCAAUGCCAGUCAUCAGAUCUUCCAAUCACCAACCUCUUCCACAUUCACAGUCUGAGGUGCACACACAAAAAAAGUUAUUAGAUGAAAGUCACACUAAUGAGUCUGAAUUCAAUCAGCAUACUGUGAGCAAAUCUACUCCUAUUGGAACAGUUAAGGAAACAGAUAGUGAGUGCAACAUUGCAAAUAGUGCAACAUCUCCUAAUGUUUCCCAGUUGAAGGCUGCUGAACCAUUCUUUGACUCAGUGGCUUCUCUUCGAACUACUGCUGCUGUUUGUGAGGAUUCUUCUCUAGGUAUUCAGGGGUUGAACCAGAGGCUAUCUUCGGGCGGUUUGUCCCCUGUGGGGCAUGAUGCUAGCUUGCAGUGGGAGGCCCAGCAGCAACAGCAAUAGCUUCGCCUACCCUGCAACAUUUUUGCUGCAGCCACGGGUUUUGCAAUCAGGAAAUAGCAGUUUUCUUGUCCCUGACUCCCAGUUCUUGUUGAUUGGAUUGAUGUGCACCCAGCAAGAUUGGGAAGAACCGAAGAAAUCUCAUGGUUGCUUGUCAUAUCCCUACGACUGGGUUGGCAUGUGCUAAUAAUUGUAGUGUGCAGGUGAAAUCCAGGUUUUGCUAGACUAGGGAUGUCUAUCUGCCGUUGGUUGUAAGUAAGAUAGCACUAGAUAUAGAGGUACAUACGUGUACAGCUUUUUUUCUUUUUUUAUUUUAAAUAUUAACUUUCUUAAACCCUUGGUUCCCCGGUACAUCAAAGGGGUGCUAUUUUUCUUGUGUUGUUAUUUCAGUGGUAGUUCAUUCCAUGGUUUAUGGCUACCACUUUUGUGAGGGGGUAGCUAUAAUUUCUAUAGAAAAAUGAAGCUGGAUGCUGUGAAUAUGAGCCUCUUAGUGUAUACAUACUAUAAAUGCAUCCAGCUUAUCCAUGUUGUGGUCUAUUAUGGUUGCCCUC